UCCUCCUCGCCCCCCACCCCCAGGCUCCUGCGCACCGCUCCGGCAUCACUAACGGCUGAGAGGAACUGUGGAAGCGCUGCCGCAACCACCACCACGGACAAUUCAUCCUGAAAAUCGGACCACUUUGUCCGUGGCACAUUUCGCAAGCGAGCGGACGGAUUGGGUGUUCCACUGCGCAAAGCGCCCGAAAAUUUCGUGAAUGACUGAAAAGAGCGGCGCACAAUUAUGAUGAUGGAAUCGAGACACGACGUCUGAAGGUGACAUGAAACAAGGAAUUAUCAUAGCAGCAGGUGUACUUUUGAUAACAAUUGGAGAUAACAAGUGAGGCGUUUCCAAGUUUCCGCUUUGCAAGAUUUUAUUAAUGCGUAGAAAGAAAGCCUAAUUAUAUAUAGUAUACAAAUUGUAUUAUUUCCCAAUAGUAUAUCGAUAGAUCUUGUUUUAAAACAGCAAACAUGGCAACCCAAAUCCGCGGCAAGCUUUCGAACAAGAUCACCAAUGCAGCCAACACUGUAUCCAAUAAAUCGCAGGCGAAGGUUAGUGGGAUGUUCGCCAGGUUGGGUUUCCAGGCCGCCACAGACGAGGAGGGUUUGGGCUUCGCCGCAUGCGAUGAUUUGGAUUAUGACCAUAGGCAGGGGCUACAGAUGGACAUUAUGAAAAAUGAUGAGAUGGGAGGAGGGGAAGGCGGUGGCAGUGGCGGGGAGCCGGGCGGAGAUGGCACGUUAGACGGGGACAGCCACUACCAGAGAGAUGGCACCGGACUCCCACCUUCCUCCUCGAAAGACGGCGCACUAGCAGAACUUGCUGCUCAAGACAGGCCAAGAAUCACCUCUUGGGAGGCAGGAUGGAACGUCACCAAUGCCAUCCAGGGAAUGUUCGUUCUUGGGUUACCAUAUGCCAUUCUCCACGGCGGAUACCUCGGACUGUUUCUCAUUAUUUUUGCCGCGGUGGUGUGCAACUACACGGGCAAGAUCCUCAUCCAAUGUCUGUAUGAAGAGAACGAAGACGGACAGCUGGUGCGAGUAAGGGAAUCGUACGUGGACAUUGCCAACGCCUGCUGUGCGCCCAGAUUCCCAACCCUCGGCGGUCGAGUAGUGAAUGUAGCCCAGAUCAUUGAGUUGGUGAUGACCUGCAUUCUGUAUGUGGUUGUGAGCGGCAACCUGAUGUACAACAGCUUCCCGACCCUUCCCGUGUCACAGAGAUCAUGGGCCAUCAUCGCCACCGUGGUCCUCCUCCCGUGCGCCUUCCUCAAGAACCUCAAAGCCGUGUCCAAGUUCAGUUUGCUGUGCACGAUCGCCCAUUUCGUUAUCAACGUCCUGGUGAUCGCCUACUGUCUCUCCAGAGCGCGGGACUGGGCGUGGGACAAAGUGAAGUUCUACAUCGACGUCAAGAAGUUUCCCAUUUCCAUUGGGAUUAUCGUGUUCAGCUACACGUCCCAGAUUUUCCUGCCGUCGCUGGAGGGGAACAUGCAGAAUCCCGCCGAGUUCCACUGUAUGAUGAACUGGACUCACAUCGCUGCUUGUAUCCUCAAAGGCCUCUUCGCCCUAGUGGCCUACCUCACCUGGGCAGACGAUACCAAGGAAGUCAUCACCGACAACCUGCCAGGUGGCAUCCGGGCGGUUGUCAAUCUCUUCCUAGUGUCCAAGGCUUUGCUUUCAUAUCCCUUACCAUUCUUCGCUGCUGUAGAGGUCUUGGAGAAAUCAUUUUUCCAAGACGGAGGGCGCGCCGUAUUCCCAGACUGCUAUGGUGGCGACGGACGCCUGAAAUCAUGGGGCCUCUCUCUCCGAUGUGGCCUUGUGGUGUUCACCAUGUUCAUGGCCAUCUACGUGCCCCACUUCGCCUUGCUCAUGGGCCUGACCGGAAGCCUGACGGGCGCUGGCCUGUGCUUCUUGCUUCCCAGCCUCUUUCACCUGAAGCUUCAGUGGAGAAAUAUGCUGUGGCACCAUGUGUUCUUCGAUGUCGCUAUAUUUGUUAUUGGGGGUAUAUGCGCUAUCUCCGGUUUUAUUCACUCGAUGGAGGGUCUCAUAGAAGCAUAUAGGUACAACAUUGAAGAUUAGUGUUAGUCAGGACUAGAAGUUACCGCACAUUCCCAUACGAGUAACCGACUUCCUCCCCACGCGAGUGCAGUCCCCUUGCUUUGACUAAAGUUCAUGCGACACCAACCUGGCGCGCAAUCACUCAAAACGCACACAAAUGUGUGUGCACAUGGAUAGCCUGCUACAUUCACACGCCAGCACGCACACGUCCACACAUUCUGACUCUUUCUCAAGCGCGCGCAAACGCACGCUCGCACACACACACACACACACACACACACACACACACACACACACACACACACACACACACACACACACACACACACACACACACACACACACACCACAUUUAUUUAACAUAGAAAACGAUGGACUCCAAAAUGUGAAAUAAGACAACAACAAAUUAAUUUGAAACAUUUUUUCAGUGUAGUAAGUUUACAAAAUAUAGGUCGACAACGGACGUAUGUAUUGGGUUGUAUUUUUUUAUCACCCCUGGGACUUUCCCAAAUCAAAGAUCAUUUCAUUUGACAUUCAAGUGCGUGGUGUUGUUUGGGGAACACUAACAUAUGGUGACAGAGAUGGUACACGAAACUAAGUUGUGAAUUGAAAUAAGUGAUUUCUUGUCUGACCCUCAAUUCUUAAUUUGCAAAAAUACGAGAACAUGAUAUUUUGUGGACCAUUAAUGGCAAUAAAUGGAAAGAACUUAGAUGUUUUCGUGUAUCAGUAUGGAAAUAACUUUAACGGUAUUUCAGACGCUAAGGCUAUAUCCAAAUUUACUAGGGCAUUUUGUUAUGGUGAUCUGGAAUUCGACCAAAUCGUAAAGAGGACAUAAAUCUUCGAGUUAUUAUAACUAUGCAUUAUGAAUGUAGGCUAUCAUAUUCAUGCAUCUGGAGCAACUGUCAUUUAAGCUGGGGAUUUAUAUGUAGGCUACAGUGUUUCGUUUUGACAUUUACCAAUUGAUCAUAGUUGAAUUGAUCUUUUGAGUUAGAGGAAGAACAAAAUAAGACAAAAUUGUGAAAGAAGCUCAGAAACAAUUUCGAUUAUUUAACUGAUCAAUUGUUUGUGAUUUUAAUAUGUUCCAGUUUUCUUAACAAAAAUGACGGAAAUUGGUGAUGUCCCCAGAGGAAAGAGUUUUGUUAAUGGUCCAGAAAUUACGUGUCUAAAUCUGAACAUUCUGAAGAGAUUUAAUGAGAUGAAAACGUGCAUAAAGACAUUUUUCAUUCUGUGCAAUCCAACGGGUCCUGUGGAAGUGUAAUAAAACCGUAUGUGUAGUGUUAUUGUGGUUUCAAAAAGAUGGAAUGUAUAUCACAAAAGCGUUAUCAUAUAUCGUGAAAAUGAAUAUAUUGAAGAAUAAAGAAAAACGUGAAAUUCUAUUGUAUAAAUGUGUUAUGGUUUUAUGUGGUGACAAGGAAAAUCGUGAGAAUAUGUAUUUCCCUCCAAAAAUAAACUUUGGAAA